AUGCCAAAGGCCAAUAUAUUCUCAAUUUCCACCGCUUUUCAAAAUCUAUCCAACCGAACUUUUCACUACUUAUCCAUUACACACUCCAUCUAUGUAGCUACUGCUACUAAGCUCAGAAGCUACUCCAAUUAUACUCAAUUGGGCUACCUAAACACUCGAGCGACCACUAUGUCUACCCCUAAUCGCUGGCUUGUAGCCUAUAACUCAAUCUCGGCCUCGCUCUGGGCAAUUGUCCUUGCAAACGUUCUCUUUUUAGCUCCGUUGCUUGGUCAACCGUAUGUCUUUGACAAAACACAAUUGUUCCUCACUGUUGUGCAGUGCGGAGCCGUUGUUGAAAUCGUAAAUGCAGUGACGGGAGUGGUGCGUCUGCCGGUGGGCACCACCGUUGCCCAGGUGUUUCUGCGUCUUCUCAUUGUGCUUGGUAUUUUCCAGCUUUUGCCUGAUUCGCCUGCCAAUACCCACUGGGCGUACAUUAGUUUGUGCUUGGCCUGGUCGUUUACUGAGGUGGUGAGAUACUCGUACUAUGCGGCCAAUUUGGCCGAUGCUGGCGGCGUGCCUUAUUGGCUUACCUGGUUGAGAUACUCUGCGUUCUAUGUGUUGUAUCCGAUCGGUGUGGCUUCGGAGAUGUCCAUCAUUUGGAUGAGCUUGGGCGAGGCCGAGCUUGUGGUUGGAAAGUUCUAUUCGUGGGUGUUGUUUGCUAUUUUGUUCACGUAUCCUCCGGGAUUGUACAGCUUGUACACUUAUAUGAUGAGACAACGUCGGAAGGUCUUGGGUGGCAAGACUGUCAAGAAGGAGUAA